CCCAGGCCCAGCUGCCCCCCUUUUCAUUCCUACCUUAUUUUCUCUCGGACCUUCUCUUCUUCUCCUUCCUUCCAUGUCGCUCUUUUCCUUUCUUCUUCUUCGUCUUCCGAUUUACCUCUUACUCGACGAUUAAACCAUAAUUUAAAAUCGCGAUUUUGAAACCAACAAAUGAGCGCGGGGGAAGAGGAAAGUUAAAAGCCUGUCGAAUCGCAUUCGCCGCUGAGAAACCUGUUCUUCGAAGGAAUCAGCCAAAAAACCGAAUUGCGAUUCAAUUUCGAACGAUGGUGGUGGAGAAGUCUAAUUGUACAGUUUAUAUCGGAAAUGUGGAUGAGAGAGUCAGCGAUAGAGUGUUGUAUGACAUUCUGAUUCAAGCGGGGCAAGUGGUAGACUUGUAUGUGCCUCGAGACAAGGAGACGGAUAAACCUAGAGGAUAUGCUUUUGCAGAGUAUGAAUCAGAAGAGAUCGCCGAAUAUGCUGUCAAGCUCUUUUCCGGACUUGUAACACUUUACAAAAGGACACUAAAAUUCGCCAUCUCCGGGCAAGACAAACCGCAGCCAUACAAUGAUGCACAAGCUGCUUCUCAGAAGAUAAAUUUUGGUCAAGGUGAGCGGAGCAAUGGUUUUCCUUUUAGGAUUGGGUAAUCGAUCGUUAGUUUUUUGUGUGUCGUAAAUCUUGAAUGUAUGUAGAUAGAGUUACUGACUAUAUUUGGUAUUUUCUAUGAAAUGUUGAUCUCUUGUGAUUCUUCCUUGCCGGUUUCAGUUUCACCGAAUGCGUAUUGGAUGACGCCAUGAUUGCUGCUUUGAUCAUAAGUCUAAGAGCCAUUAAUUAACUAGACCGAACAGUAACUUUUAAGUGUUUAUGUACGUUCGCUAACGAUUGAAGCCGUUCGUUCGUUAAAUAUUUGAACCCGUUUGUAUUGUUCGAAUUUUUAUGCUCAAAUAAGCUCGUUUGAGCUAGUUUGAAUAUGUAUAAUAUUUUAUUUUUAAUUCAUAUAUAGUAGUAUAUAAUACUUCC